AUGGCAGUCGAUGUUCCAGAAAACGAAAAGUGGGUAGGAUGGGUUGCCCACGACAAAGACUCCAUCGGCAAUUUGAAGUUUGGCAGUUUCGAGCCCAAGAAGUGGACUGAGGAUGACAUCGAGCUCCAAAUCCAUUAUUGCGGAAUCUGUGCCUCUGACUUGCACAUGUUGCGGAGCGGAUGGGGAGCUACAGAUUAUCCAAUUGUUGCUGGCCAUGAAAUCGUUGGAGAAGUGAUCCGGAUCGGUAAGAACGUGCAGAAAAGCGGAAUCGCGCUCGGUGCGUACGCUGGAGUCGGUGCUCAGAGCUCGUCGUGCCAAAAGUGUGAACAAUGCAAAAACGAUCGCGAGCCAUACUGCGAUGAUGGCCAAGUUGGCACCUACGGAUCUCAGUACAAGGAUGGCAGUGGCAAGUCCUCCGGCGGUUUUGCUCACCACUGGCGAGGACCCGCUGCUUUUGCUACGCCUAUCGAAGGAAUUGACCUGGCUGAUGCCGCGCCCAUGCAGUGCGGAGGGAUAACGGCACUUUCACCACUGACACAGAAUCACGUCGGAGCAGGCUCGAAAGUAGGCGUCGUUGGCAUGGGAGGCCUCGGGCAUUACUGUUUGCUCUUUGCCAGUGCACUCGGUGCAGAAGUGACUGCCAUUAGCAGGUCUCACUCGAAGGAAGAGGAUUGCAGGAAAAUGGGGGCAGCGAAGUUCCUUGCCACUGCAGAUGGUAAGGACGCCCUCAAGGCUCACAGGCGUUCAUUGGAUGUGAUUGUCUGCACGGUCAAUGAGUUUGAAGAGGGUCAGCUUGAAAGUUACCUGUCGCUACUCAAGGUUCACGGCCGUUUCAUGAUGGUUGGUGCGCCCGAGAAGCCACUCUCCCUCAAUGUUUUCCCAUUGCUCAUGAAUGGUAUCAGCAUUGGUGGCUCCGCUAUCGGCUCUCCCAAGGAAAUUGCAGACAUGCUCGAGCUUGCCAAAAAGCAUGAUGUCAAGACCUGGAAGAAGGUUUGGGCUAUGGAAGAUAUCAACGAAGCUUUGGUUGACAUGGAGAAGGGCAAUGCUCGUUAUCGACAUGUCCUCAAGACCAAGUACGCCAAGUAG